AUGAACGCAUUUCCCGCAACUAAAAAAUAUGAUGAAAUUGUUAGUAAAAUUAAUGAAGGAAUAAAAUUGGUACGUGAUUUGGCACCAUUCACACCACAAACAAUUCUUAUCAAGCAUCCAACAAUGGAAUAUUGUUGCUCUCUAAAAGGUUACGGAAUUGACAAAAUCGAUUAUGAUGUCAUUUCCUUCAAUGAACCAUCAUUCAAUGCUUAUCAUGUUAACGAAGCAUCGAUCAAAUAUAUUCAUUCUAAAAUUGAGGAACUCAGUAAACAUUCAAGCAUUUGCACAAUCGCUAUUACAGGAGAAGAUAUGUCAUUUUCAGAUGAUAAAGAUGAUAUUGUUGAUGAAGAUCAAAAGAAAGAAAAGAAAAAGAAAAAAUUUGUUUCCUUUCCACAUACUUUUGCAAAAUGUGAUUCAGUUUUCAGCAAGCCAAAGGAUUAUUCACAUUUGGUAAUAAUUUCAAAAAAAAUUAUACCCAAAGCAGAAAGAAUUACAUGGAAAGUAAACAAACCUCCAGAAAAAUGUACUCCAGAUCCUAAUUCCACAAAACAAUGGGAGGAUAUCUUUCCAAAUGCAGUUUGUGUUAAUAAAACACCAUGGGUUUUAUUUUACCCCCAGAGAUAUGCCAUUGAAUAUCGUUCAACAAAAGAUAUUCCAAAUAUUCCAAAUCGAAGAAAUCAAAUUAUCAAAUUAUUAGAAUUCGCUCCAAUAAUUGAAGAAUUCAGCAAGAAAUGUGUAGAUGGACAAAAUCUUAUCAAUGAUGUUAAUCUAGAAAUUACAAUUACAGGCACUUGA